CUUAAAUUUAUAGAUGAAUGCAAAGAAGUAGGCAGAUUUGAAAAACCCAUUACUAGAAACAAAAUUCAUAAUUUUUCAUCUGAAUCAGUCAAGAAAAAUCAGACUAGCAAAGACGGAACAAAAAUGGUUCCUUUAAAAUUUGAAAGGGACAUAUUUGGGAAACUAUUGGCAAUUGCCUUAAAUAACAAAAUUGACUUAGAGGAAUGCUUUUCCUAUCCCCUUUCUCCUUUGCCUCCAGCUUUAUGCCAUAAUACUGGAGAGAUGAUGAAAACUGAGAAAUCUGCUUUGGCCAAAAAGUUAAGAUCACUGGACAAUUCCUCACCACCUUCUAGUCCCGACGUCUGGAUAAUUGAUGGAUUCUAUUUUUUACAUUCUUUAGUAAACCAGACGAUUCCAGAUACGUUCCACAAACUCUCUGAAAUAAUAUUACAAAAAAUUUGUAAUAUUUCAGUACAGGAAAUACAUCUUGUAUUUGAUAGAUACCUAUCUCCAUCAAUUAAAGACAAAGAACGUGAAAAAAGACAAGAGGAAGAAAUACCGUUCGAAAUUACUGGACCGUUACAAAGACCGCCCAGUGAUUUUACCAAAAAAUUAAAAAAUCGCAAGUUCAAGGAAGCAAUUGUGUCUUAUCUCGCCAUAAACUGGAACAACGACGAAUUCGGUGCUAUUAUUGGUGGUAAAAAAAUUUACUUAACCCUUAACGAGAAAUGCUAUUCAUUCGUUCGAAAUGACCAAAAGGUAGAAAAAAAAGAAGAGCUAAAUUUCGAGUGUUAUCACGAGGAAGCGGAUACCAGGGUUAUCUUUCAUGCUGCACAACUCCAAAAUCAGCGCGAAAUUGUAAUUUAUGCGUCCGAUACAGAUAUUUUGAUAAUUGCUUUAGCAAAUAUACACAAAUUAGAAGAGAAAAAUAUUUACUUGGUUUCAAGAGGUGCGCCUGGACAAAGAUAUGAUAUGAACUGCAUCAAUUGCACAAAAUUAUCUAAUAUUUUGGGACAAACAUUGUGUCGCGCUUUACCAGCAUUUCAUGCUUUUACUGGGUGUGAUUACACCGCCAGUUUUUAUCGCCAGGGAAAAGUGAAACCAUUUAAUUUGUUAAAAAAAGACAAACAUUUUCAAAAUGCAUUCGAAAAUUUAAAUGAACAAUUCAAUUUAUCUGAUAAACAAACCACAAAUGCAAUUGAAGAGUUUACAGUUUCUAUGUAUGGUAUUAAACAUUGCCAAAGUGUUAAUUCAGCGCGACUGCUACUUUUUCAAAAAAGUUUUGCAACCUCCCACAAUACAAAACAUUUUUUAAAUAAAGUAAAAACUUAUAAUUCGAAUACAAUACCACCGUGUUGGAAGACAAUUAAACAGAAAAUUCUGAGAACAACAUAUAUUGCAUCCAUGUGGCUUAAUGCCACUCAAAAACAUUGUGUGAAACUUAGUGCUACAGAGUAUGGUUGGACGUUAAAUAAUGGGCAAUACGAACCCUUGUGGUUCGACGGAGAGCCUACUCCUUUGCACGUUGAUGAUAUAGUUAUUAAUAGUGAAGACGAAGGCAGUGAUAAUUUUACCUCUGACGAUGAUGAAAAUGAUUAUUUAAGCUCUUAAAAUAAUUAUUGUGUAAUGUGCAUUA